ACGUAUAAAGACCAGGAAAGAGAAGUAGAACAAUAAAGGAAGACCAGAAAAAGGAAAACGAGAAAAGAAAGACACAAAAAAGACCAAACAGCGACCAAGACCGAGACCAAAAUCACAGGAAGGUAAACAGAAGAGCUGCAAGCAGUCACCCGGCAGGUCGUCAUGGCGGUGGAGUGGGGCUCACGGUGGAGUGAGGUGCGGAAGCUGCUGGAGCGGCCGGGGCCCUUCACCCACCCAGACUUUGAGCCGUCCCCCGACACCCUCAAGAUGAUGCAGGAAAAUAUCAAAGUCCUGGUGAUCGGAGCGGGAGGCCUCGGGUGUGAGCUGCUGAAGGACCUGGCGCUGAUGGGCUUCACCAACCUCCACGUCAUUGACAUGGACACCAUCGACCUCUCAAACCUCAACCGCCAGUUUCUUUUCCGCAAGAAGGACAUCGGCCGACCCAAGGCGGAGGUGGCGGCGGAGUUCAUCAACCAGCGCAUUGACGGGUGCCAUGUCCAACCAUACUACAAGAAGAUCCAGGACUUUGACGACGAUUUCUACCGCUCCUUCCACCUGGUAGUGAGCGGCCUGGACUCCAUUGUGGCACGGCGCUGGAUCAACGGCAUGCUGCUCUCCUUGCUCUGCUACGAGGACAGUAUGCUGGACCAGAGUUCCGUCAUUCCGCUGGUGGACGGCGGGACAGAGGGGUUCAAGGGGAACGCGAGGGUCAUCCUGCCGGGCCUCACACCUUGCAUUGAGUGUACGCUGGACCUCUUCCCUCCACAGAUCAACUUCCCGCUGUGCACCAUCGCCCACACACCACGACUCCCUGAGCACUGCAUAGAGUGGGUGCGGCUGCUGCUGUGGUCAAAGGAAAACCCCUUCUCGGCAGACACAUCAAUUGACGGGGAUGACCCGCACCACAUCAACUGGAUUUUUGAGAAGGCGCAGAAGAGGGCGGCUGAGUAUGGCAUCACGGGGGUCACGUACAGACUGACGCAAGGGGUGGUGAAGCGCAUCAUCCCAGCCGUCGCCUCCACCAACGCCGUCAUCGCUGCCGCCUGCUGCACUGAGGUCUUCAAGCUGGCCACCUCUGCUUGCACCCCAAUGAACAACUACUGUGUGUUUAACGAUUCGGAUGGCAUCUAUACUUACACUUAUGAGCAGGAGAAAAAGGAAGACUGUGUGGCAUGCAGUCAGGUGCCCAAGGAGCUGGAGAUCCAAGCGACCGACAAACUCCAGGACAUUAUAGCCAUACUCACGGACUCACUCCAAUACCAGAUGAAGAAACCCGGACUGCAGGCGAUGGUGGACGGCAGAACCAAAUCACUGUACCUACACUCACCCGCUUCCAUUGAGGAGAAACUGAGGCCAAACCUUAAGAAAACAGUGGAAGAACUUGGGUUGCGGGACGGCAUGGAGAUCGCUGUAGCAGACGUAACUUCCCCCAGCACUGUCCUCUUCAGGGUUAAGCUUAAGUCCUAAGUCUCGAUAGAUCUUUUCCAUGUUUUAAAUUGUGAUAACAUUUGUGUGUGUGUGUGUGUGUGUAUGUGUGUGUGUAGGUUCUUCAGUUCAUAAUUAUAAAGGAACUGCUUCUUCACAUUGCACGUUACCAAGGGAAAGAAUUAAAUGUCCAGCUUAUA